AUGAGACCACCCCCAAGACUCCAGAUCCCUACCUUCGCACCACCUUGCCCACCUGGAGAGGAGACACGCCACGUCUGGCUGCAAGGGAUGCCUAUUAGUGAAGCUCGCUGGCCCCCCAAUGAUGAGCGGCGCCGCAAUGUGGGCGGCUACGACGAAAUUCUAAAAGACCCUACGGACUCGGACAAAUAUAUUGUCCGGAGAUUAGCUGCUAUUGAAGGAUAUGAGAUGGUUUCUUCUGAUGAAAGUGACGAGCCUUUUAUCCUCGACAAGAAUCAUUGCUGGGUAACAGCGGACAAUGAAAAUCUUAAACCCAAGGAAUCGCAUGAUAGUCGAACAUUUGGUCCAGUUAACAUGACAAGCAUAGUUGGUCGAGUCAUCUAUUACCUAAGGAACGCCGUAGAUCAUGGACCUGUCAAUAAUAGCGAUUUUAGCGCGGUUCAGGAUUCACCUGUGCUUGCCAUGGAACUUGAUGUUGAUGAGAUGAUGAAAAACUAUAAAGAUAAUUAA